GUCUUGGUCGAGCUACUUGCGGCCUUGUUUCGAAUUGCGGGCCUUCCGUGGGGAAUGCUGGAUCACUUCGAAGCUUUUGCUGGGGAAAUGGCCGUCACGCGCGGAGAAUGGGAGGCUGGGCGUUCCGCCACCGUGCUGGAGCUGAACCUGGACGACGUGAGGAUGAAUAUCCUAACCCCAGAAGGGUUUGCCUACGCCCUGCUCCAGGUGUCCAGGCUCAGGCCUGGAGCUGGCCAUGUUACAGCGCCGGUGUGUUCGACGUGGGUUUUUAUGUCUCGCUCGAGCACUGGGCGCAGUCCCGGUUCGCCGCUGGGCAAGCGUCACUAUGAGAAGGUGGAGGAUGGCAAUGUAAUGGUUAGCCGCGUCCUACUCCUCCUUUUGGUCGCGACCUCUAAAGGCUGCUUCUGGAUUCUAGAACAACCAUCAUCAUCUUUGAUGGCUGAUCACCCGUUAUUCCAACGCUUCUUGGGGCUGGUGCCUGUUCGUCGCAUCCGUAUCGCCAUGGCAGACUUUGGGGGUGACGCUCUCAAGUUCACACAUCUGUACACGUGUCACUCAGAGAUCGAUGACCUCUACCUUUACAAGCUCUCGCGCCGGGCUUCUGCGGCGAGAGAGAUGUCAGUGCGGAGCACCAACUCAAAUGGCAAGACCGUGGUCACGGGUGGGAAGGAUCUUAAGCACUCCCAGCACUAUCCGAUUCAGUUUCUUUGCAAGAGAAGGCUACAUAAGGUUAUAAGACUGUAUGGGGCUUGUAAAAUUCGAUCAUCUCUUUGCCAUAUGACUGAGGUUUGGAAGAGCGCUUUCGAAGCUUCGAUCGCUUCACAAACGAAGCUUGCGCCAAAAGGCUGCAUCCUUCCUCCGUGUUGCGAAGCACAGCAAGAACAGACUGGAUCGCUCAAAGCGAACCAACAGCUUGUGGAAGGACAUGGCAAGGCUUCAGCCGGUCUUUGA